AUGGCUCCCCCAUCUGCAAUCGACAUUGUCCAUGUCGCAGACAAUAUGGAUACUGUUAUUCCAGGUCCUUUGACGGUCAAAGGAGUGCCUGCAAGACGGGCCAAAUCAGGCAAGUUUGUAGGAGGAACUGCUGCGCUUGGCGACAGUGAUUUCUUUAAAGGUCCAGACACUGGAAAGCCCAAGGCGAAGAGAUGGGAUCACUAUCUCAGUGUCGAGAGUAAAUCCAGACAGCCGUCGAGUUUGAAAGGCGCCGCGAAGUACCUCAACACCCCUGGCCUGAUAUCGCUUGGAGGCGGCCUGCCCUGCUCUGAAUACUUCCCCAUCGAAGAGUUAACGCUCAAGGUCCCAUCGCCACCUCACUUCUCCGAAAAGCAAACCAAGCAGUCGGGAACCAUUGUGAAGGCAGGGAAAUAUGAUAUCUCGGAGGGGAAAAGUGCAUACGACCUCUCGGUCGCGCUCAAUUAUGGUAUGGGAACGGGCUCGCCGCAGUUGAUCCGUUGGGUUACGGAGCACACUGAGAUUGUGAAUAAUCCUCCAUAUGCGGAUUGGCAAUGUGCGCUCACGGUGGGAACCUCAUCGGCAUUAGAGCAGGCAUAUCGCAUGUUCUGCGAACGAGGCGAUUAUGUCCUCUCGGAGGAGUACACCUUCUCCUCGGCAGUCGAAACCGCCCUUCCUCUAGGAAUUAAAUUUCUUGGAAUCAAGAUGGAUUCGGAGGGUCUGCUUCCUGAGAGCAUGGACGAUAUCUUGAGCAACUGGGACGAGAAAGCACGAGGGGCACGGAAACCACAUGUUCUUUAUACAGUUCCCACGGGCCAGAAUCCCAGCGGAGCCACGCAAGGAGUGGCACGACGACAAGCCAUCUAUCUAGUUGCGCAGAAGCACGACAUCUAUAUCCUCGAGGAUGAGCCGUAUUAUUUCCUCCAGAUGCAACCACAUACCGGUCCAGACACCCCCGACGUCCCUCCACCAGCUACCAACGAUGCUUUCCUAAACGCCCUCAUGCCCACAUACGUAAGCAUGGACAUCGACGGGCGUGUCAUGCGAAUGGACUCAUUCUCCAAAGUAGUGGCACCAGGAUCGCGCGUAGGCUGGAUCACUGCCUCCGAGCAGAUCGUCGAGCGAUUCGUCCGCCAUAACGAAAGCUCCAACCAGAACCCCAGCGGAAUCUCCCAGAUGGUUUUAUUCAAGCUACUGGACGAGAGCUGGGGCCAUGAUGGAUAUCUCCAGUGGCUGAGAAACCUACGGCUGGAAUACACGCGCCGUCGGGAUAUAAUCAUCGCUGCAUGCGAAAAACACCUGCCCCAGGAAAUCGUGAGCUGGAACCCGCCAGCCGCUGGCAUGUUUCUGUGGCUCAAACUAAACUGGCAACUCCACCCCGCCGCCAGCAGCAAAUCCAUCUCCGAGAUCGAAGAAGAGCUCUUCCUCUCCGCCGUCGGCCAAGGCGUCCUCAUCUCCCGCGGCAGCUGGUUCACAGCCGAGCGCUCCAAUUUCAUCCCACACGACAUGUUCUUCCGCGCUACAUUUGCCGCUGCCACCGAGGAAAAGAUGACAGAGGCCAUUGAGCGGUUCGGCGUCGCUGUUAGGAGCUGCUUUGGACUCGAGUGA